GCACGCACACACACACACACACACACUGUGCAGCUUGGCUUGUUAUGAAAUAUCUAUAUGGCCGUAAGCAUUACCAAGUGCAGAAGCUCAGUGCUGGUGUUGUCUGAGUAAACAUGUUGAGAGUGUAACCGUUUUGCUGUUGCUUAGUUUGUCAGAGUUGUUUGUCUUGUGAUCUGGAGUCAGCAGAGCUACACUACAUGACCGACCCUACAAGAGAAAAGAUGAGCCACAUUUUAAUUGACUGAUUCGUGAACUACCAGGGCGGAGGAGUCAGGAUGGAACUUCCCAUGUUGAGCCGUAAGCGGCCUCUGUUUAAUGGAUAUGAAAAGGAGCCUCUGCUGUACAAGAAGAAAUGUGUGGGGAGUCUGAAAUCUCUACUUGACAGAUAUCAGACUGACCAAGCCACAGAACAUGCCAGACUGAAGACAAGCUGUGGACACCCUUGCACAUGUGAAGCCUGUGUGAAUGGAGGAACAAAACAUUUGACUGACGCUGACAGCUUCUUUGAGCAGAUUUCGUCCUGGGCUGACACACAACACUCUGUGAAUAACGUAUUGGAGCGCCUCAAGUACAGACAAGCCACUGAUGACAUUUACCUCAGCGACUCAGUCAACAAGAAAUUUCUGGAGUUUCACAGUGACAUAACUGAGGAAUGUGGUGCAGAAGAUAAGCAGCAUUCAUGGGCUGUUAUUGAGAAACAGGAGGAGAUUGUCAUGUACGGACCUUAUUACCCCAAUUACAACAACGGAGAACACAGCGAGGACGUCAUUAUUAAACAAACCGAGGAACUUCUGGAGACAGGGGCUGUCUCAGAAGACUGGAAGGUGUAUGUUUUCACCAUGAACAGUCCGUGUUUGGCUAGAAACACAGAUCCAUGCAUGCUGAACCUGGUUCAGAAAGCUCAGGAGUGGUGGAGAGCGCAUGGAGUGAAGACUCACAUUGGUUAUGUGAAGUGCUGGGGCUUCAGAGGAGCUAAGGAAAAUCUGUUCAGGGAUAUUAACUACAGCCAAGUGGACUGUAUACAUCAGACUGAGGACUAUGAGAGCUAUGUUAAAGCAGCUGAAAAGAGCACUGAUCUUAAACCUUUAUGUGAAAAUCUGUUUUCUGCUGUUAAACACCUCCUGAGAUCUGUGAGUGUCCCUAUGAUAAACACUGUGCAAGGGCAGGACUGGAAGAGCUACUUCAAGAGUAUGCAUAGUAUUUUUGAAUGCAAACUAGAAGAAGAGAAAAAAAUCUUCACAGAGGAGGUGAACGCCGUGAUCGAAGCUGCACAGGCUCUGCUUCCAGAAAAAAGUGGAUUUUUUGAGGAAUGUUUAGAAAAGGGACAGGCUUUUGCAUUUGAUUACACUUUUAGUUCCCAAGUAUCUCACGCCAUCCAGGAUCACAUGAGACUCACGUUUCAACAGUGUUGGAAGGAGAUGGUACAGGACAAAUAUGCCGAGUUCACCAGGGAGAAGCUGACUGAAGACUUCAACCAAUGCACCAUCCAGCUUUUUAUCAAAGAUAUUCUAAAGCUCACAACAGAAUACUUACAAAUUGGAAGGAUACAGUUUUCAGAAAAAUCCCCACAAGGUGUCAAAAAAUAAACUCGCUGACAAGGUGAUGAGAAAGUUAAGACUAAAUAUUUCACAAAUGUUUGGUAUGCGUUUGACGUGAAUGACACCAAACACCAUACCUACCAACUGCAUUAUGUCAGAAUGCUUUGUCUUUAUUAGUUUCCUCAGUAAGGCUACAGUUGCAUACUGAGGGAGGACAUCAGGUGGUGUUAGUGCACACCGAGAAAGUCCACAUACAUGUCCAUCUCCCACUGUGUCUUUACUUACAAUAUAUCACAAAUAGUGUAUUACAAUUAUACUGGAGUGGAGUUGUUUUUUGUUUUGCAUAUAUGGUCAUAUAUUUGUUAUUCUGGAAAAUUCAAUGUAGCAAUAAACCACAUUUACACAUGUUGCCUCCAUGCUUGCCACAAUCAAAUAAACAAACUGUACAAUCUUGAUACAAUACAUCUUCAUAAGGUUUAUCAAACCUUCAGCUAAUGAAUGAUAAUUGUGUGGCUUGGGGUUGAGCCUAAAACAAUAAAUACUGGCAGGAUUUUUGAAAGUAUUAAAGAAUGUGCAAGUUUUCUUGUGGAGGCACAUCUGCACUUGUGUCAGCAGAGGGAGCUGUGGGCCAUCAC